UCAUUGUGACUCUCAAGUAUGAGAUUGCCUUUGAGUCCCUCCCUGAAGCCCUUCUUACCUCUUUGUUUGCCUCUUCUGAUUUCAUCACGAAAGGAGGUAAAUCUGAUGCCAAAGCAGAUAAUAUGCUUGGCAUGAAGAAGAAAGCUCCAGAGACUAAGAAAGCGAAUGAAGUAAAAAUGGAGGCAGUAAUUUUAUUAGAUUCUGAGGAAGAGAGGGUUGGUCAAUCCAGUGGCUCCAAAGAUGGGGGAAAUCCAUGCUAUUCACAUCCAGGUGGUAAAUCCGAUGCCAGAGCUGAUAACAUGCUCAGUGUGAAGAAGAAAGCUCCCGAGACUAAAGAAGCGAAGAAAGUCUUAACGGAGCUAGUAAAAUUAUCAGAUUCUGAGGAAGAAAACGUUGAUCCAUCCCAUGGAUGCAAAGAUUGGGGAAAUCCAUGCUAUUCACAUCCAGGAGGUAAAUCUGUUGCCAAACCUGAUAACAUGCUUGGCAUGAAAAAAGCUCCCGAGUCUAAAGAAGCAAAGAAGGCUACCAAGGAUCCUAACAAACCUAAGAGGCCACCUGCAAGUGCUUUCUAUGAAAAACGAGGACGGAAAUCUGCCAAGGAUCCUAACAAACCCAAGAGGCCUGCAGGUGCUUUCCUCCUUUUCAUGGAGGAGUUCAGGAAGCAGUUCAAGGAGGAGCAUCCAUGCAAUAGAACUGUGGCCACUGAAGGUAUAGCUGGCGGAGGCAAGUGGAAACAGUUGUCAAAUGCUGAAAAAGCUCCUUACAUGGCUGAGGCAAAGAAAAGGAUGGCGGAAUAUCAUAAGAACAAGGAUGCUUAUAACAAGCGAGUAGCUGCUGGAUCUUCCGGAGAAGAGGAAUCUUACAAGUCAAUGUCCGAGGUUGAUGAGGAAGAUGGGGAUGAUGAUUGAAGAAGUUUUUAGCGGAUGAAGCAAUUGGUGAGGAAGUUCGUGUAAUAUCUUCUAUACAUGGCCUCUUCUUUUCACCGUAUAAAUCUUGCAAUUUAUUUGCUUUUAUUUUUAGGGGUUAAAGAUUAAUUCAGAGCAGCUUCAUGUAAAGCUCAAUAGUUUAUGUACAAUUUACUUUGAUGCUGCCUAAUCCUAAUUCAGCUAGGUGUUUGUCCUUUUGGCUAGUUUGUUGGUAAGAUAUCUUUGUUAUUGAUAUAUAUGCUUCCUAUUGUAGUUGGGAUAGUUUCUGUUCUACCUUUCUCUAUAAGGGU